UUUUUUUUAAAUCAUACUACCUAGUCACUACAUUAUUUUCAUCUUUCAUGGUGUGUACUUUUUUACUCCAUCUAUGCAUCUCUCGUUCAAAAAUGAAUAUUUUCCCCGCAGGUACAGGAAGUGCACUAUGAAGAGUGUGCAAGGCUAUAAACGUAUGGGCUGGGCCAGGGUGGGGUGCAGCCCAUAUAUGUAUAGUAAUGAUGAGUAUGCUGUGCUUCGUGAGAAGUGGUCAUGGGCUGGCACUGGCUGGAGCUUGUGCUAAUCGGCACUGGGCACCGUGCCCUCGGCCCGGUCCAACACUGGGGGCCAAAGCCCAACGGCUCAAUCUCAAACAAUAAGCGGCCCAGCAAUGUGCUGACUCCUGCCCUGGACCCCUGGUCAGGACGCCAUUCCCCACUGUGGCGUAUAAAUAGGCCUGUUUACUAAGGGGGGUCAGGACAUCGUUUUUGUGGAGCCCCCCGAGACUGCUGCACAGCUAUUUUUUGGGGUAGGUCAGGUCAACCAACACUGAGAUAUCCAACAGAAUGGCUUUGACUAAUCCCAAUCCCAUGGGACCAUGGAAGAUCACAGUCUAUGACCAGGAGAACUUCCAGGGAAAGCGUAUGGAGUUCACUGCAUCCUGCCAGAACGUCAUGGACUGUGGCAUGGACAAUGUUCGCUCCCUGAAGGUGGAGUGUGGAGCCUGGGCAGGGUAUGAGCACUCCAGCUUCUGUGGACAGCAGUUUGUGUUGGAGAGGGGGGAGUACCCUCGCUGGGAGUCCUGGAGCGGCAGCAAUGCCUACCACAUCGAGAGGAUGAUGUCCUUCCGCCCCGUCUGCUCUGCUAACCACAAGGAGUCUAAGAUUGUUGUCUUUGAGAGGGAGAACUUCAUUGGACGGCAGUGGGAGAUGAAUGAUGACUACCCCUCUCUGCAGGCCAUGGGCUGGGGAAACAAUGAGAUCGGAUCCAUGCAGGUCCAAAGUGGAGCCUGGGUGUGCUACCAGUUUCCAGGUUACCGUGGCUACCAAUACAUCAUGGAGUGUGACCGUCAUGGAGGGGAGUACAAACACUACAGAGAGUGGGGAUCCCAUGCUCAGACCUUCCAGGUGCAGUCGCUGCGCCGAAUCCAGCAGUGAGACGAGAGGCCACCUCCUCCUCCCAGUCCCCCUCCCCUUUCUCCCCCUCUCCCUCUUCCACCCCAUCAUUCCAAGCUUGGCCAAUCCUGUCAGAGCUCAGAGACCCAUGGCUGAGACCUCGCGCCUCCCCCACCCAGAGCUGAUGUUACCAGCACUUUUGUUUUAUUCCAACGCUCAAAGAAAACAAAGAGAACGAGAGAAAGAAAGAUCACCGAUAUGCCCACUGCGCAGUGGAGUCUUGGGUGGCUGUGUGGUGGUGAUCUCCCUCCAGCUUAUUGCUCCCUGAGUUUAUACAGGGACACUCUGCACUCAAGUGAUCAAUAAAUAAGAGAAUGAGAAACAUCAACAA